AUGGCUGGUCUCAAUGGGCGCCGCGCCCCGAACUUCGCCCAAUAUCUCGAUGACCUGAACGCUAUUCCAUCGCCCUACGACCAGGCCGUGCAACAGCAGCAGCAGCAGCAGAACACAUUCAACCUCGACGAGGAGUUGGCUCUGUUCACCAAUGCCGAGUUCUUCGAUUUCGACAAAUUUGCCGACUUGGGCCUACCGACCUUUGACUCGGUGGAGGAGAAGACUGCACACGGCGAGUCCCUCGCCGACCACUCCACAAGAAAUGCGGACAUGAAAUUUUUGGAAUUUUUGAACGAUGGCUUGGGUAAUAUGGAAUAUCAGCCCAAUCUCCAUGGCGUGCACGUUCCGUCCAUGCCCAUCCAGAACGCGUCUUUCGCGGUGCCCUCCGUUCCUAAUGGAUCGGUCGCGGCUAACCCGGCCCCCGUUCAAAAUUCGCCUACUACCACCCCACAGAGUGUGGCGGCGCCGCCUACUCCCACCACCCCUGCUGCCGCUGCUGGUCCGAAGCGGAAGCACACCCAGAAGUCGACUCAGGCCAGUGCAGAGGAGGCUGCACGGGUCAUCGCUGAGGAGGAUAAGCGGCGCCGUAACACAGCUGCCAGUGCUCGGUUCCGGGUGAAGAAGAAGCAGCGCGAGCAGGCUCUGGAACGGACUGUGAAGGAGACCACUGAAAAGAACGAUGCCCUCGAGGCUCGUGUCUCUCAGCUAGAGCUUGAGAACCACUGGCUUCGAGGCUUGAUCAUGGAGAAGAACGGCACGGAGGAGCGCGACGAGCAAUCCGAGAAGGCCAUCUCUGACAUGUUUAAGAGCUACCUGGCCUCGCGCGAGCCCGAAUCAAGUCUUUCCAAGUCAAAGCACGGUGUCGGUACGUCUGUGUAA